AUGUCACUCAAUACAAAUUCACAAGAGAAUAAAGUUAAAAAGAAAGACGAACAACAACAACAACAACAACAACAACAACAACAACAACAACAACAACAACAACAACUAUCACCUAAAAGAAAAAUAUCAACAAGUGAAACAAUUAUCAGUGAAAGAGGUAACAAUAAUAAUAAUAGUAAUGUAAAUAAUAAUAAUAAUUCAAACAAUAAUAAUAAUAAUAAUAAUAAUAAUUCAGGAUCAUCAUCAUUUACAUCUUCAUCAAUACUAUCCUUUUUUGGUGGCAAGUCACCUUCAUCAUCAAGUAACAAACCACCACCACCACCAUCAUCAUCAUCAUCAUCAUCGACGACGACCAUGUCAAGUAAAAAUAAUACAGCUAAACAUGUAGUUGUUGGAUUUGAUUUGACAACUACUCCUCCACCAAUUCCAGUUAUUACAGGUAUUUCCAAUGAUGGUGGAAAUAGUAGUGUAUCAUCGGUCAAUCCAUCACCUGUUCCAUCUCCAUCAUUAUCAUCUAACAACAAUAAUACUGGUACUGGAAGUAAUAUCAAUAUAAGAAAGAGAAGUCAUACCAUUGAUACAGGAUCACUUUCCCAUGGUGGAUCUACUACACCUCCCUUACCAAUCGUUCCAAAUAUGACCAGUUAUGAAUUUGCCCAUAAUAGUUUUGAUAACCUAUCAACUGCUGUUUCAGGUGGUGGUGGUGGUGGUUCUCAUCAUCAUCAUCACAAUGAAUACUAUCUAGAUACUGGUGGAAACAAAUCACCAAAUUCAUCUACUAGUGUUGGAACAACUCCUCAAUUGGUUGCUCUAAGUCCUUCUUUAUUUUCUGCCCCAAUGAAAAAACAAUCAAUUACACAAGGAUAUAUGGAUGAAUAUUAUGAAAUUGAUAAAGGACCAAAAUCAAUUGAAUUACAAAGAGAUUUAGAUUUGGUUUGGAAGACUGUCAUAUUGCCAAGACAACAACAAUUGGCAAGAAGUGAAUUAAAGUUUGUUAUUCGUCGUGGUAUUCCCGAUGACAAACGAGUUCAAGUAUGGAAACUAAUCAUGGGAUUUGAAGAGUUUAAAAAUACUUUAGAGUAUUCUUCGGUCAAAUCAACGCUUCAAGGUGACGCUAUUCCUAAAAAGUUUCGUAAUAUCCCUUCAUUUGGUGGUGUUGUUUCACCAUCUGAUCAUUAUCUAACCGAAGAUGGUAUUCAAUUGGUUAAAAGAAUUUUAUCAAUUACUGCCAUGAACUUUCCAGAUAUUGAAUAUUGUCCUGUAAUGCCAGAUAUUGUACAUAUAUUAUUAGUUUUCAUGUCAGAAUUGGAUACAUAUACAAUGUUAAAUUUAUUAAUCAAACAAUCAGGUGAUAACUUUUACCGAUUCCUAAACACAAGUAAUCGAGAAUGUACUUUAUUUGUAUUGACAUUUGAUUCACUUGUUGAAAAACAUAUUCCAAAAUUAUAUAAGCAUAUGAUGUCACUUGGAAUAUCAAGUUGUAAAGUUUUUUGUGAAGAAUGGUUUUCAAGAUUAUUUGUGUCGAUCCUACCAUUCCAUACGGUACUUCGAGUUUUUGAUGUAUUUCUAAGCGAGGGAUACAAAGUAUUGUAUAGAGUAGGGUUGGGUCUACUCAAUAUACACAAACGAGAGCUUGUCAAGUCUGGUAAUACUGCCGAUGCAUUUAUCUGUACUCUUAAAAAUCUCAACCUUCAAAUGACAGACUCCUCACUAUUGAUGAAAAAAUCAUUUGGUAUACAUCUCAAACGUGACGACUUGACUAGUAUCGACACUCGACAUACUCAUCAAUUGAGACAUGUCACCGAACCAGAUUUACCUGUUUACUAUCGUCCAAAAGUUUCCAAAAAAUCUUUAAUCUUGGAAGAUGAACAUUACGAAAUGAUAUGGGCAUGGUUACCAAAUAUUUAUGGUAUUUGUGAUCCAAAAUUAAUGUAUAGUACUGAAGAGAAUGGAUACAAUUUAGGAACUUUAUUCCAAAAGAUUGGAGAUGAUUAUCCAGUGUUGGUAGUCAUCAAAUCCGAUACAAAUAAUAUAUUUGGUUUCUUUAUUGAUCAUCCUAUUACCCCAUCAAAUUCUUUUGGUUCACAGAGUACAUUUGUAUUUACGAUUAAACCUCAUGUUACAAUUUAUAAAGCAACACUUAAAAAUGAAUUAUUUUACAAGGCAACAAAUACAUUAUUGACGGUUGGAGGUAGUAGUAAGGGUGAAUACGCAAUCUCACUAGACAAGGAUCUACAUGGUACAACAUGUCCAUGUGAAACAUUUGAUAAUCCUUGUCUCAAUGGUACACUAGAUUCAUUUACUUCACUUGUAUUGGAAGCAUACGUAUUACGAUAA